GCAGAGAGAGGCAAAAGAGAGAGCAGAGAGAGCGAUGCUGGAGAGGCAGGUGACGCAAUUGGAAUCGGAAGUGUCGAGAUUGCGAUCAGACGUGCAGAGGGAGAGGAGCAGCAGGAGAAGGAGGUGGAAGAGGGCGAGGUAUGAUGAGGUGGUGGCGCUGGGGGAGGAGGGAUCGGCGGUAAAGGAUGCAGAGGAAGCGUUUAGCCAGUCAGCCGAGCGACUCUCCGCUCAUCAAGCCGACGUCGACAUCGAACAGCUGUUGGCACAAGCGGACGACGCUGCAAUGUGAGUCUCGUUGGCGAGGGAGGGCGUGAAUUGCACGCCUUGCCAUGGCUCACCCGCACACAUCGCCCCCAUCUCCUUGCUGCCGCCCCAGCACGUCCAUCUUGACCAGCUCGCCUCUCGCGCUUCUGAGCCUCUUGGGUCCCUCUGCCAAACCGCACGCGCAUGCGAUAGGGCUGGCGAGCAGCAGCGCAUCGUACAGCAUUCUCGGUCCGCCUGUCCAAGCCGGAGGUGUGCCGCUAAGCGAUGCAGGCGAUGAUGUCCAAACGAGAUUGGAAAAGACCAAAGAAGCGCUCAAAGCGCAAAGCGACUUUGCUCGCAUCGCACUGAUCAGCGUGCAGACUGCAGACAUUAGUCCCAAGCAGCGUUCUCUGGAUAUAGAGUAUCGUUUGCCCUUGGCGCGCACAAAGUCGUCGUCGCCCAGUCGGUCCAGCCGCGGGCUCAAACUGCGCUUGGACAUCGCAGACGCUCAAAGCCGGCGGCCGCAGGUGACGAAAAUGUCCAUCUUGACGCUCGACAGAUCCAUCAGAGCCAGUCUGGGCGACGACGUCUUGCGGAUAUGGGAGAGCAGCGGCAACGUCGUAGCCCUCUUGAUCGCUCUCAGGACAAGGGUGGGCUUGGUGGAUGCGCGAAGUGCCUUGUUCGAUUCUCUCUCCAAUGCGAGACCUGAGCUGGUCAAGCGGAGUGGCAGGAGGGAGGAAGAGAGGUUGAUCUUUACUGGCGCAAAAGACGGCCAACUCAUCCUCCAUUUCCGAAUCGAACAUUCUCGACACGGAGUAGCGUCAGCUGUAGUGUCGCUGGACCCAGUCUUGCCUUUUGGUGUGCGAGGAAGCGCUUCAAAGAAUCUCCUACAGGCUUUGCCGGACAUGUUCAGAGAGUUGCUGGAUGCAGCCCCGCCCGGUCCGGAUAGGAUACUGCAGUCUGUGCUCGCAGUGGUGGACGCAUUCUUCGACCAGCACUGAGGGGGCAGCCCAUCAAGCCGCCCAUUUCGAAUACCCCACUGCCAACGCGCUGGGCCCGCUGGCCCCGCUGGCCCCGCUCUUUUUUCUUUCAUUUUGUUCCCCCACCAGCGCGCCUCGAGGAUGAAUCGAAUCGAGUCAAAUCCGACGUGCCCUUGACGAUCGAAGAGCUUUUGCGCGAUGCAGCGAACGC